AUGCUGCAUCUCCAUGUCUGGGGCCCGGCCUUUGGCCUGCCCUCCAUCGACGCCGAAUGUCUAGCCAUCAUCGCAUACCUGCACAACGCACUGCCCUCUUCCGAGUGGCGCCUCAUUCCCAGCAAUGAUCCCGCCGUCAGCCCCCUAAAUCUUUUACCAGCCUUGCAUCACAAAGACAACUGGGUAAGCGGCUUUCAGCCCAUAGUGCGAUACCUCUCAUCAGCAGCCAUCGGCAAGGACCUGGACGAGCCGCUCAGCAGCAUCCAGAGAGCAGACAGCGUCGCAUGCAGCGCCUAUCUAAGAGCACGCGCAGGCCCCCUCGUCGACCUCUCGCUGUACGUCUCGGCAGCAAACUGGGUCGCCACCACCAGGCCCGCGUACAGCUCGCUCUUGUCGUUUCCCCUGACGUGGACGGUCCCCACGCUCAUCAGGGCGGAAGCCAUUGCGCGCGCGGAGCACCUUGGCCUGGCCGAGCUGGACAGCGACUUUGACCCCAAUGGCGGCCUUCAUCUGACGGGGAGAGAUGCCCUGCCCGAGACUUUCCGGCGGCAUAUCCCGUUGAUGACGAAGAAGACUGUUCGCGAGGAGAUGACGCCGGAGCAAGCCACGGCGAUACGACUCUUUGGACUGGCGGAAGAUUGCCUCAAGGUGCUGGACGACUUGAUGCUGGGGAAAAGCGAAGACGGUCCUCGGUUCUUCUUUGGGGAUGCGGCGGUCUCGUCGCUGGACUGUUUGGCAUUCGGGUAUCUGGCUCUCAUGCAGAAGCCCCCGGUGCCACGUUCUUUUCUCAGAGACUGGCUGGAGUCGAAGACCCCUGGACUACACAAGUUCGUCGACUCCAUGCUCGCCGCCAUGGCCGUACGCGGCGACCUCCCCUGGGCAGAUCCCGCCCCGACGCCCGCCGUACGUUUCGGCGGCCGCGUCCUCGACUCCGUGAUGCGCCACGUCCCCGGCGUAGGCGGGCACUACGCGGCCGAGAUGCGCUACAGGGCCGAGCGGCACAAGAAGGGGGUGGACCAGAGAGCCGCGAUGCUCAUUGUCGGGGCGGCGCUCGUCGGCCUGGCCACGGGCUACGGGGUCCAGUAUUACAGGGCGCUGCAGCCCUUUGGGGCGUCGAGCCAAACGUGGGAGCCGAGGAGGGCGCGGACCAGGUUGAGCGACUUCGGGCAGCUUGGGACGAUGCUGAGUAGUGCCAUGGGGCCCUAUCAGCCUGUGCCGAGUGGGAUCGAUGUGGGAGGGGAGCAUGGAAAGCUGGUGGAGGUCGAUUCCGAGAUAGACUGA